UUACCCUCGUUAAAUAAAGUUGAUUAUUAUUAUUAUUAUUAUUAUUAUUAUUAAUAAAGAAUGGUCGAACGUUAAGACAAUGCAAUUUAUCUUCUGUUAGGUAUAAAAGCGUUUGAAAUAUCGACAUAUGUUUGAAACCGCAUUUUUACAAAAAAUGUCAAUAAUUUCAAAACCCUGAGAUAGAUUUUUCUCUAACUUCGGCAAAUAAGUCUGAGAGCUCUCUGGGUUUAUAUCUGCAAGUUUGAAGUCAAUCGUGACCGUAGAACUCGCUGCACAAAUAGCUGGUCAAAUUUAACCUUAAAAAGCAACGCUGACAUAUUUGUGAAAGUUGACACACCAAUAGAGGAAAACUGCCGACGGACUUUUUCUUAUCUACAAGGGUAUUCUUGCCCAAAGCUUCAGUUGCAAGAAACUGAGUAAUCAGAAACCUACGGUGAAUACAGUUGGUAAUACAAGAAGAACAACUUUAUGCUGAAUGCGGGGCAAGAUUAAAUGUAACUUCUAUUUAUCUAAGUUACUGUGUAUUUUUUCCUCUACUCUUUUCGCAAAAAAGUCUCAACAAAGCACGAUGUUACAUCUACGGAAUCUCCUAGCAGUUUUUCUCAUUGAAGGUUCCGGUCUUGAGGAGAAAUAAAGCCACCAACUCCAGUACGUCAAACGAUCCAUUUUCGUUUUAAACAUAUGCCGAUAUCUCAACCGUUUUCAUACCUAAAAGAAAAUAAGUAAAUCAUGGAAAUCGGUUAAAUCAUUCCUGCCGAAAAACCCGAUUCAAAAACAAAACCAACGCGCAUGUAAAUAGGAUCGGGCUAUCUUAAACGGUCAUUGUCAUUAUCAUUGUCAUUAUCAUUAUCAUUGUCAUUGUCAUUGUCACUGUCAUUAUCAUUAUCAUUAUCAUUAUCAUUAUCAUUGUCAUUGUCAUUGUCAUUGUCAUUAUCAUUAUCAUUUUCAUUAUCAUUAUCAUUAUCAUUGUUAUUAUCAUUAUCAUCAUUAUCAUUGUCAUUAUCAUUAUCAUCAUUAUCAUUAUCAUUAUCAUUGUCAUUGUCAUUGUCAUUGUCAUUAUCAUUAUCAUUAUCAUUUUCAUUAUCAUUAUCAUUGUUAUUAUCAUUAUCAUCAUUAUCAUUGUUAUUAUCAUUAUCAUCAUUAACAUUAUCAUUAUCAUUAUCACUAUGAUUGUCAUUGCCAUUGUCAUUGCCAUUGUCAUUGUCAUUAUCAUUACCAUCACGGCAAGUAUUUCUAUGUGGAUUUAAUCAGCGUCAGGCUUCAGUAAUUCAUAUUUGGUGACAGCAAAUUAGUUCAUUACCAAAAGCAAUCGAUUCCACUCCACGGAUUGCGGAUUACAGGCACUAGAUUCCAGUAUUUGUCAAUGAAACUUGGAUUCUGGUUCCCCUCUCUUGAGGCAAAAAUUCAAAUGAUUUGAACUUUUUUUAUAAUAACAUAGGAGGUUUCUACCAGGACCAAAUGGGGCAGAUAGAAUGCAAGAAAUGUAGCUUAGGGACUUAUGUCUCAUGGGAACGACACCCCGGCACAAGUGCGACUGACUGUAAAGCAUGUCCAUACGGUAGGAGCAGUCAUCAACAUAACUUAGCAUGAGUAUAAUCUCUUAGAUCAACUAUUAACUACAUGUCACCUUUACUGCCGUAAGAAAGUGUUACCAUUAUCUCUUGUAUAGUUGGGCUAAGAUACGCUUGAUGAUUUUUUUACAUACAUGUUAAACGUUUUAUUUUUUUUGUACAGGUACGCUUUCCAAUGAAACCGCUGGUUUUCGUGCAUGCAGAUGUCUUCAGGGAUUUUAUCGCUUGGAUCGUUUUGGCCCAUGCUCGGAAUGUCUAGCUGACGGCAUCAACUGCCAUCGCGACACAGCAACACUUGCACGUGACUAUUACUGGAAAUGGACAAAUAAAAACAACAGCGAAUCCUAUAAGAAUUUUGUGCAAAACAUCCGCUCAUACGGACCUGAUUACAAUAAGAUCUACUCCAAAUUUAUCAUUUCACUUCCAAAGCCAGUGAAAUGUCCGUAUGCUGGGUCUUGCAAGGGUGGAAUUGACUCAGAUUGCAAUGAAGGAUACAAAGGAACCUUAUGCGCUUCUUGCAGAACUGGCUACUACCUAAGAUUUAACACGUGCAUAAAAUGUCCAAGGUUUGCAGUUGCUAUCCUUUCAACCAUUUUUGUUACGCUGUGUUUUGUUGUCGUAUUCCUGAUGGUUUUUUGGGGCGACUCAAAGGAAACUGAUAAUAAUCGUACUGUCGCAGAUGUCAUCAUGUCGUGUUUCAAAAUCGUUAUUGGAUUUUAUCAAGUCAUCUCGGGUAUUUUUACAGCAUUGGCGAGAGUAAAGUGGCCGGUAACUUUGAUCCCCAUGGAAAAAUUUCUGAGAGUUUCUGAAGGGAAUAUUUUUCAGUUUGCACCGUUAAGCUGCAUCUAUUCUCAAAUGCGAUUGAAUGCGUUCUCAAAAUUCAUCCUGGUACUUUCUAUUAAUUUCUUUGUUGUGUUCAUCAUUCUUUCUUACGUCUUCUUGAAAAAACGAUACAUCAGGAACAAAAAGGAUUGUCCCGACAGCGAAAAAAUACGCGAAGUUUCAAGCUUGAAAAAAUCCUGCUAUCGAAAUAUUUUCCUGUUCUUACUGGCGUCAUAUCCAAUGACAAGCAAAACCAUCAUCCAAAUUAUUCCUCUCCCAGGUGCAUGUGUGACGCAUUGUUUCACAGAUGAUAUAAAUCAGUGUAUCUUUCUCUUGAAGUCUGACUACUCCCUCCAUUGCUUCACCGCCCAGCACAAUAUGUACUGGCCUGUCGCUGGCGUAUUUUCCGUCUACCCCAUUGGAUUUCCGUUAUUGGUAUUGUUCCUUAUUUGCAAGUGCCGAAGAUCGCAGUUCCAUGAAGAACUUACCUUUGGAAUGAAAGUCUUUUACGAAAACUACAAGGCAAAAUUUUGGUUUUGGGAGAUAACAGAGAUGUACCGCAAGCUGACACUAAUAUCUUUUAUCUUCCUCUUCGGUUCUGACGGCGUUACCCAAAUUGGUCUGACUGUACUAGUAGUGAGUGUAUUUGGUGUGGCCUACACCUUCUUCCGCCCAAUAAAAAGCAAGUUUGAAGACCUUCUUCAAACCUUUGUGCUCUGGGUCAUCUUCUUUGACGUUUGCCUCGGAGCAAUGUACAGCACCUCUGACGACACCGAAGGAAAUGAUUCGUUAACAAUUAACAUCCUGUUUGUCGUCCUCAACGCUUCCAUACUUUUGGUAGCUUUAGGUAAGAUUUUAUUACGCCAGAAAUAA